GCGAAGCUGUGAAGUGGGAGACGGGGUGUAGGCGCUGUUAAGACGAGCGCAACAUGUCGAAACGAGGGCUGCCUCUGGUCCUUGUGGCCUACCUACUUGGCGUUCUUACCACCAGACAUGCUGCCGGCUAUAAAGUCGAGAAGUAUCCUCUCCUAAUGCCGAACGUCUCGCCGAAAACGCCGGAACUUUAUCUGUGCACACCAAUAAAAGUUGAUCCAGCCAAGAACUACUAUAUUGUUGGAUUUGAACCAAAUGCUACGAUGGCCACAGCACAUCACAUGUUGUUGUAUGGAUGCUCAGAGCCUGGAUCACAGAAGCCUGUUUGGAACUGUGGUGAGAUGACAGGGGGAACUGAUUCUGCUUGGGAGGCUGCUAGUCCAUGUUCCAAAGGCUCACAAAUCCUGUAUGCAUGGGCUAGAGAUGCUCCAAAACUUGAGCUUCCAGAAGGAGUUGGAUUUAAAGUGGGUGGCAAAUCCCCUAUACAGUAUCUUGUACUACAGGUGCAUUAUGCCCAUAUUGAUGCAUUUAAAGAUGGAAGCACUGAUGAUUCUGGUAUAUUCCUGCACUACACUGAAAGGCCAAUGAAUAAGCUAGCAGGUGUGAUCCUGCUUGGCACUGGAGGUGUUAUACCACCACAAGGUGUAGAAUAUAUGGAGACGUCUUGUGUUAUAAAGGAAAAGAAGACCAUACAUCCCUUCGCAUAUCGGACUCAUACACACAGCCUAGGCCGUGUUGUGUCAGGGUAUCGAGUACGUGCAGAUUCAUCUGGUAGAGACCACUGGACCCUGCUAGGAAAGCGUGAUCCACUCACACCACAGAUGUUCUACCCGGUUGUCAAUACAGAACCCAUACAUCAUGGUGACAGACUGGCAGCCAGGUGUACAAUGUACAGCAACCGUAAUCGCUGGACUCAAAUAGGUGCUACAAAUGAGGAUGAAAUGUGCAACUUUUACUUGAUGUAUUGGGUUGAAAAUGGAUCUCCACUGGAAAAGAAGUACUGCUUCAGCUCUGGACCCCCACUCUACAGUUGGCGUGAAUCAGAUGGUCUCAACAAUAUACCAGAUGAUGCUAGCCAGUUGUAGUAAGCUAAUUAGAAAAGAAUAGAGUAUUACUAAACCUGAAAGUAUUAGUAUUUGGAAAAUGAUAAUGAAUUUGAAGUAAGCCUUUAUCUACCCUGCACAAUCAGCGUCAUUGUCAGCAGCAUAAUAUUUUUUACAAUUUCAGAAGGGUUGUCUGCACUGAAAGUGAAAAGUGUAAAUGUGUUACAUUUGGAACUUCAUAACAAAAUAGAUGAAAGCAAGUACUUUCAUUCCUCUAUUGUAGAAUAUAUAAAUUAAUCACUUUCAUUUUCACAUUUUCUAGUAUUUUGCAAAACAUUUCAAGUUUUUUUUGCUCAAAACCUGCAGUAUGAGAUGCUACUGUUUGAAUAUAUAUUUAAAGAGCAGCCCAGAGUAAUAGUGAAUUCCUGUGCAUAAUUUAUGGAGCCACACAUUUAGAGAUCUGCUACACAUAUUUGCAAUUCAUUUAAAGAUAAAAUUACUUAGAUGCACUACAGAGUUUUGUUAUUCUUUUAGAAUAACAUUUUUAAUCUAACUUGUCAUAUACAAUGCCCUCUGAAACAAUUACAUGAAAAUUUAUUUCUCUAUUUAUUUUAAAAAUGGCCUUGAGCCUAAAUGAUCAGUGAUAUUCACCUUCAUUCAAUGUAUUUUUUUUUACAUAAUUUAGGAAAUAGAAAUCAUUGUAAAUGUUAUUGAAAGUAUGCACAGAACUAUCUCAGUUAAAUUAUUAGUUUUCUUGGAUUUUAAUUAUGUGAUUAUCAGUGUGAAGCAAGGUUAUGUGCAGUCCUGUGCAGGUGGGUGGGGUGUGGGGGAGGAAGAGUUUGAAUGUAGUGAGCAGUGAAAGGUAGGCAAAAGUAAAGAAUGAAGAAAAGAAGAAAGAGUGUAUACUUGGAUGUUUUAAUACCUCUGUAAAACGCAAGAAAGAAUGGAAGGAGCUGACAAAGUAAAUAUAUGUUCAUACCAGAAACACUGCAAAAAUGUGUUUGAGGAAUAUUUUCAUCUUACAAAGAUACACUUUCUGAAGGAAGACUCUUUAGAGGUUCACGUUUAAUGUAAGACAUUGAGCUGGUAACUACAGAAAAAAGGAACGGAGUGAUAUAGUUCUAGUAAAUACGUUAUCAUUUCAUUACCAGUACUGUGACAGCUGUUGUAUCCAGAUCCUUCAUGACAGGAUCAAUUGGAUGACUACAGUCAAUGAAUACUUCUCAUCACCAAUUAAAAUGUAUUAAUGGAUAUUGUUAGUCACUUGGUAAACAACUGUUAUGCUCCCAGAAAUUUUAAAAAUCUUAACCUGUGAAAGGUAUUUGUAAGUUAACUAAUUCUGACAUUGCCUUAAAGUUCACCAUGAGCAAGCAGUUUUAUUCUCACUUUUUCCUUUUGAAUACACCACUUCAACACUUCAAAGGUUACACCUUUCUGUAUCUUCCUUGUAUUGCAUAAGUACAUCUAUUCACAGAAAUACAUCAAAAAUCCAAAGAAUUAUCAUUCUGUAUCAUGAGUAAGGUAUGCUGAAUAUCAUCUGUGUUGACAUCAGAUAUACUGCAGUACAUAGUCCGUCACCAGUACCGACGGCCUCACAAAAGAUUUAAUUGCAACAAUCAUCACAAUGCUCCUGUCGACAAACAAGUUGGAAGGGUGGCUUUCUUUUCAUCAUUAUCAGUCAGUUUCAGAGAAAGACAUUCUUUUCAAGUAAAUGGCAUCCACAUCUCCAGCAGGUAACUCAUUUUUCACCACCCUUUCACUCCACCCUGGUAUUUAAUCUUGUGUAGCGCAUGGGAGGCAUUUGUCGAAAUAAUAUUCAGUUUUAAUCCAUACUCUGAAAUAUUUGCAUCCUAUAUGUGGACUCUGCCUUAGCUUUUGUUCAUCACUUUGUACUCCAGUCCCACAGACCUUAUUAUCUGUGGUAGUGUAAACAGCCAUUAAUGUACCCAGAUAUAUCAUCUGCUGUUUGUAUCCCACUAACUGAUCUAACACACGACAAUACACAGGAUGUCGUAUACAAUGAACAGUCACUGACCAAUAAAGAAAAAAGUGUCAUCUGGUCACUGAACAUGCUGCACUAGCAGUUUAGCAAUUCAGAGAUAUAUUUUCACAAGAAUCAUUUUCACGCAUUGGUUCCUUUGAAUUUCUCAAGUGGGUGUUAUUUCUAGAAUGUACCUGACAUUGCAGUAGUUAAUCAAUAAUGAAUCUGCACAAUGUUUACCAACUCCCCUUUUUGUUGUGUCUUUCUAUAAUCUCUUCUCUCUCCUUGAAUACAUGUUAUAUUUUCUAUUUAUUGAUCAUUUUUCCAUUUCCUUAUGCUUCCAACUUCUCUCUCUUUUGUAUCACCUGCUUGCCUUGUUUUCCAUUCUUUACUGACAAAGUGGUCCUCAUUAUGUACAGAUUAUCACAUUCAUGCUAUUGAGCUAUUUUUACAGGGCUAAUUUUUCAAUCAUUUCCUUGUUUCUCAUUCUCCAAAUAUUAAUCAAAUGAAAAUAAACAGUAUUUGGAUAGAUGAAGGGUGUCUACUCACUUGUGUCUGAAACAUGAUAGCUGUAGCAGAGGUCAAACACCAGAAAUUAUGACUUUUUCCGAUUAAGGAACACCAAGUUUCAAAAACUUGAAAUACAGUUGCAUUUUCUCAUUUAUCUGAUUGCUAGACCAGCUUCUAUCAUUCCUCUUCUUGCAGUUGAUAAGCAGACACUGCCCUUCUGUCUUUCAUAGUAUUUAUAUGUUAAAUAUUUCAAUUGCGAUUUACAUUAAAAGAACUAUAAAUGGGAAUGAAGGUGCACUUCCAUUUCUGAGCUGACAUCUCUGAUGCUUGUUUUUUAAGCUUUUUAAUAUGGCUGGUUAAGGUAAUGAAAUACUGUCUGAUGACACAUGUAGCAUACUUUUAUUUUUCCAAUGUAUCUGUAUUUUCUCUGCAUAGUAAUAUGGAAAUAAUAAAACAAAUUCAAAACUAUAUUUUCAUUAAAAAUAGUUUUAUUUCUGUAUCAUGAAUAUCUGUAAAAAGAAAAGCAAGUUGGUGAAGGAUGUUUUAAACCAUAGUCUGAAAAAGCAUAAAUGGUGAUCAGUAUUUCCAUGAAACUGCAACAGAUUUAAUAAUUAUCUAGUCAUUUGAUCAUUUUGAUACAUGAUUAGGAAUUUAAUCCAAAUCACUACUAAUAAUCAUAUUUUUUUUACUUGUCAAUUGGAUUAGGACUUAUGUAAAUAUGUUAUAAAUUUGUUAUUCAGUUUUGUAUGUUUUUUAUAUAAAAUGUUAUGAAUUGUCAGUUUGAAUUUCAUAUUAUUUUAUUGCCUACAGAUAUUAAAUCAUAUUUAUACUUAUCCUAGAUAAAAGCCAACUGAUAACCAGAGUUACUAUUUAUUAAAAGGAUGCUGUCUCUAUUGAAACUGAUGAUUACAUGAGUUUAAAUGGUAGCAUAUUCACUGAUUAUUUAUUGUUGUAUUGGGAAAGAAACUUUCAUUCUCACCACAAUGAGCCUUUGUUUCAUGGCAAGGUAGAGAGGUCUGUGCAUUUGCUUUACCUUAAAAGUGUGUGGUAUGUGCACUACUUUCAUGGAACUUAAUUUUGCAUUACUGUACUGGGUGACUGUGUAUCCUCAAUACAGAGGUAUUUAGAAAUCCAUUUACUUAUAUUUUUUUAAAUGCUACAUAUUUCCCCAUAUUCUUGGUGUCUACCAUGUGAGGUUUCUACUAAAAACAUUUUGUGGUGAAGCAUAUAGAGAAUACCAAUACAGAAAGCACAAGUUCCACCUCUGAUACUGAUAACCUCUUUUGUACGUAUACUUCAGUGAAAUAAUAUGUAACUUCUUUUCUGUGAAUAUAUAGUAUUUUGAUCACUUGUUUUACAAUGGUUUUGUACUAGUGUAUUGUUUUUUGAAAUUUCUGAUAAGGAAUUUAUAGUAUUGUCAGAAAAAAUAUUUUAUGUGCCUAUAGUGUGAGAUAUUUCCCCUACUUUCUUUUUUCCUGUCAUCAUCUUCAACUUGUGAAAAUGCCCAAUAUAUUGUCUCCCACUUUAUAUUACAAUGUAUUGUACCUGCACAUAUUAUGAAAAUGGAAAUUGCACAGAUGGCCAUAGCAAAGCUAGUGCUACUUUCUGGCUAUGCAUUUAUGAUCCAUAAUUCAUCUGUGGAUGAGUCAUCAUUUGUCUCGACCUUUUGUUUAUUACUUUUACAAGAUUUUUAUUAUUAAAAGUCCAGUAGUAUUUCUGUAGGUUAAUUUUGGUCAUUGGAUCGUAACUAGCUGGUUUACUGUGUAAUAUACAGACUACAAAGAGACAUAUGCACAUUUGAAAAUGAAAUACAUUACUAUGGGAACAUGCUGGGCAAAUAAUAAAGUAUAAAAAUUGUACUUGAAAUUGUAACCAUAUUCUUUGAUUGGUAUCAUCUUCAGUGUUUAAAAAGGAAUAAAAAACCAAAGACUGCAUUAAGUGUGAGAUCACUGUACCCACAGAGCUACAGAUAGAUAUUUUUGUGAAUUUCGCAUUCUUGCAUUUGCACCAAAUUCUCAGCAACCAUCAUGCCAAUGAACAGUGUGGCUAUUGUGAUUCGCAGUGUUAUUUUAUGACAAUGGCAACAGGACAUCUUGAAAGUAAAUGUGAAUUCUCUAAAAGCUUUCUUCAGAGCAAGAAUGAAUAUGAAAAGACAUUUUAAACAAAUCUCUGUUUGGUGAAUGAGAAAUCUUAAAAGCAGGUGUAAUAUAGAAAUUAUUUGUCAUCAGUGGUUAAUGUGUGCCAGCAGUGUAAUUGAGUUUUUCUUUUUCAUAUUUCUUAUUCCCAUUUUACCUGUAUUUCAGUUAAAAUCCUCGUAAUCCUCUUCACACAAAUAAUGCUAUAUAUAUAAUUUUUUUUAUAAUUUUUUCUCAAAUUCUGGUUUCAGUACCAAAAUUACAUCUUUUACUAUUCAUGUAGUUUUAUCUUUCUGUAUUCACGUAACUUCCUUGAUAUUUGUUGUACUUUCCAUCCCUUCCCCAGAGGACCAUAGAAGUAACAUUUAGCAUAAUUCGUGCUAAACCACGAUGUAAAAGAAUAUUUGUAUUGUAGAGAUAGAUACAAAUAAUUGCUGUAUCAUUAAAUAAAUAUGGUAGCUACAGAUGAAGCAAAUAGAAUUACACUAUGUAAGGAUUUCUUGGAAUACACUUUAUUUUAUUACAAAUUACAGUUUAAAAUGGAUGUGAACAACUAGUACAAUGUUGUACUGUACUGUGAACUGUCUUAAAAUAAGUUUUAUGGAGUAACACUAUUGUGCAGGAAAUGUAGUAGACAUAUCACAGAUAUCUUCAUUGUAUGGUAAUUUUAAGUACUGUGCUGAGAAGUUACAUAUUUUUAUCCAAGAGGAAAGAAAUGACAUAUUCUUAGCAAUUAUAAGGUCAGUAUGCUUAAAGAAUGAGGUAUUCAAAAAAUCUUUUCAAGUUACAUUUUUAUUUGGAAAUAGUGUAUUUUUGUUGGCAGCAAAACUGUAUCAGUUCAAAAAUUAAAGAACUAUGAUUUAUUUUGA